AGUUCCAUUUCGAGAGAAGCUAAAAGAGAAAAAGAGAGAGAGACAAGAAAGGGAAUUUGAAGUUAGUAGUAGAAGCUGUGUGGAAGAAGGGUACCGUGUAACAGACACCAUUAAGUAGCUAGUUUCUUGAGAGGGAAAGCGAGCGAGAGAGAAAUUAGGCGGUGGUGGUAUAACAGAUUUCACUUCAUGUUUUUUUAUCUCUAUAUUUCUCUUUAAUUCUUUCUUUCUUUCUCUAUUCCUAUCUUAUCUAAUUAAGAUAACCACAACAAAAAGAAAAAAACUAGAGAGAAAAACUUCAAUCAUACAGAAAAGUGUUAAUAGUUCUGUCUUCAUUCUUCAACAAUCAGUUUCAUUUGCAUGUCUGAACAGUUUGGAAGUUCUUAAUUAACAACAAAGUUAAUCAUGUUUGGGUUUAAGGUGAAAUAUCCUUCUCUGAGGAAAGGUGGAUCUUCAAAGGAACAAAAUGUAAACAACGUGAACAUCGUAAGUAAACUAAACGUUAAAGAUGAAUAUAUGGAAGCUUUAAGGACAAAAUCUUACAUAGAUAUAUGGAGUAAAGUUCAAGGUCAACUUAGAAAAACAAGUACUCCAUUAACAACCAACAAUGAUGUCGUUGUUGACGUCAUCGACAGAAUUGCUACAUCCAUAUCUCGAAUACCAUCUUACACACAUAUAUCCGAUUACUUACUUGAACCUCAACAAGAAGUUCUACUCGAGUUGAUUCAAAAGUCUAAUCUUCAUCAAUUACUUAUCGAUUACUUCGAAGCAAGUUUAGAGGCGUGUAGAAUAUGUGGAUCGAUUCUUAAAUGUAUUGAUCAAGCACGGGCGAAUUAUUGUAAAAUACAAAGGGUUAUCAAGUUAUCAAAAAGGGUUCCAUCGGAUUUACCUGGGGGAAUUAGUAACGAGGAUAAAGUUCGGAUCAUUUUCGGUGAGUUAGCUUCGUUUGCCAAGCUUGAUAAUCCGCUUUCGAAUUCUAGUAAGUUGAAGUUCAGCAUAAUUCAUGAUCGGUAUGGGUCGAUGCUUAAUCUUUUGACAGUGAAACGUAAAAAGGUUGCACGAAGAGUAAAGGUAAUUAGUUUAUCCAAGAAAGCUUGGGGAGUAAGUGUGGUUAUGCUUUGCAGCGGGCUUGCAAUUGCUACAAUCAUUCUUGCCGUACAUAGUCUAGUAGGAUUCGUAGCUGUGCCAGGGUUGAUGUGUAUGCAAUUAGGGUAUCUAAAGAAGAAGUUAAGAUCUGCGAAAAACGGACUUAAGAGGAAUAAAUUGAAUCAGUUUCAUAAUCAACUUGAUGCAGCUGCAAAAGGUGUGUAUACGUUGAAUAGCGAUUUUGAUACGAUAAGUCGACUCGUAAUGAGAUUACAUGAUGAGAUUGAACAUGGUAAAUCUAUUGCCCAAUGGUGCGUAAAGACUCAGAAGAAGCAAAUGUUGAAAGAAGUUAUCAAAGAAUUUCAAACUCAAGAGAAUUGUUUCUUGGAGAAGUUGGGAGAAUUAGAAGAGCAUGUUUAUUUAUGUGUUCUUACUAUUAAUAGAGCUAGAAGACUUGUUAUCAAGGAGAUUAAUUGCAUGAAAACUUCACCACAACAACAUUAGCAAACAACAAAAAAUGGGGAUGGCAGACAACAACAUCACCAGCAAGCUAAACUUGGAAGGCAUCGUCACUGAUGACGACGCGGAGCAUAGGUGAAAGAUCCGAUGACUGGGAACAACCUCGCGACCGACCGAGCUAGGUGAGGUUUUGAGUUCAAAGUCAAACACAUGAAGAUUGAAGAGCCGUGCAGCUGAAUGAUAUUGAGUUUUCUUUGUUGUUUUGCAUAUGACCGCCAAAACAAGAUAUUUCAAAAUUUGGAAACCUGAUUAGGGGUUAAUUGAUUUUAAUCAUUUGUUUUUAUUAGCUUUAAGUGAGAGACUAAACUAAUAAAGUACUUGCUAAUUAUUUUGUUAAUAGAAUAUAUGAAACAUUC